AGAGUAACAAGAAGAAUGAAUGCUUCUCUCAUAAAUGCUCCUCAGAGUCAGUUAACAUUCAAGGAUGUGGUUGUGGACUUCUCACAGGAGGAAUGGGAAUGUCUUGACUGUGCUCAGAGGGCAUUGUACAUGGAGGUGAUGUUGGAGAAUUAUAACAAUCUAUUUUUUGUGGAGAAUCAUUGCAUGUGUCCCAAAUUUGAGAACAUGUUGGAUCAAGACCUACAGCAUAUUGUCCACGAGCAUGUAAAUAUCCAAGUGAAAUCUUAUGAAUGUCAUGAGCUUGGCAAAAUCAUUCAUGAAUCCACUGAAAGUACACCUUAUAAAACUAACCUCAGGGCUACAUCUGUUGAAUCAUCAAACCUAAGCAGACAUGAAACUGAAAACAACAGAGAACCUUACAAAUCUAAAAACCAUGUAAACUGUUUAAAUUUGUGCUCUACCAUUAGUCUAAAUCAAGGAAUCAACAUAGGAAAGAAAGAAUACAAUGGUGCAAAGCUUGAUAAGUUUUUUGAAUCUAAAGAAACCCUCAUGUUGAAACAAACCAAAAAUGGAAAGAAACCUUACAAAUGUAGUGAAUGUGCCAAAUGUUUUGCCCAGAAAUGCUGGUUUAGAAAACAUCAGAGAAUUCAUACAGGAGAGAAACCUUACAAAUGUAGUGAAUGUGACAAAUCCUUUACCCAAAAAGGCAGUCUUAGUAUUCAUCAGAUGUAUCAUACAGGCAAGGAACCUUACAAAUGUAGUGAAUGUGCCAAAUGUUUUGCCCAGAAAUGCUGGUUUAGAAAACAUCAGAGGAUUCAUACAGGAGAGAAACCUUACAAAUGUAGUGAAUGUGGCAAAUCCUUUACCCAAAAAGGCAGUCUUAGUAUUCAUCAGAUGUAUCAUACAGGCAAGAAACCUUACAAAUGUAGUGAAUGUGAGAAAUGCUUUAUUCAAGUUGGUGAUCUUAGAAGACAUGAGAGAAUUCAUACAGGAGAGAAACCUUACAAAUGUAAUGAAUGUGACAAAUGCUUUAGGUACAAAAGCAGCCUUAGAAGUCAUCAGAGAAUUCAUACAGGAGAGAAGCCUUACAAAUGUAGUGAAUGUGACAAAUACUUUUCCCACAAAGGUAGUCUUAGUAUUCAUCAGAGAAUUCAUACAGGAGAGAAACCUUACAAAUGUAGUGAGUGUGACAAAUUCUUUACCCAAAAAGGCAGUCUUAAUGUCCACCAGAGAGUUCAUACAGGAGAGAAACCUUACAAAUGUAGUGAAUGUGACAAAUGCUUUUCCUAUAAAGGAGAUCUUAGAAAACAUCAGAGAAUUCAUACAGGAGAAGCACCUUACAAAUGUGAAUGUGACAUGUGCUUUACCCAAAAAUUCAAUUGUCAUCUUCAUUCGAGAAUUCAUACAGGAGAGAAGCCUUACAAAUAUAAUGAAUGUGACAAAUGCUUUAGCCAGAAACAAUCUUAUGGCAAAUGCCAGGAUCAAUACAGUUGUAGGUGCCAGGAUGCAGUGAUAUUUACAAAGUUUAAAGGGUACAAAAGGUACAUCGGCCCUGAUAGAGUAGAAAUUAAUGCAUUUAAUCACGUGAUCAUUGGGCCAAAAGAAUCAAAAUUUAUUCUUGAUUGUAGUAAGGAAAGGGGUUUUGGUAUUACAGCUGUCAUCAUUGUGGCCAUCAUUGCAAGCAUUACCAGGGUGACAACAGCUGCUGUUGCCUUGAUGAAUAUAGCCACUGUGGUGGAGACUGUCAAUGCUGUUCACUCUCUGGACCCGGAAAAGUCUUCUCAGAAGCAGUUCCUUUGCUACGGGCCCAGGGAGUCAGCGAUCAGCAGCCCAGCGGCGGGCACCGGCCCUGGAACCUCCCAGGUCAGAGGAGCUGCGGGGCUGGGGAACUGGCGGGAGCGGAGCAGGGGGAUGUUUUCCGCAGCUGCUCUUAAAGACGCCGCUCUCACAAUUCUGUUAUGGAUAUCUUAUGGUUGUCAGGAAUUCGGCUCACCUGUGAAACUGAGAGCCCUGGAUGGUGAAGAGAGCAAACUAGCAAAGGAUCCAGGUAAGAGUAACAAGAAGAUGAAUGCUUCUCUCCUAAAUGCUCCUCAGGGUCAGUUAACGUUCAAGGACGUGGCUGUGGACUUCUCACAGGAGGAAUGGGAAUGUCUUGACUGUGCUCAGAGGGCAUUGUACAUGGAGGUGAUGUUGGAGAAUUACAGCAAUCUGUUUUUUGUGGAGACCCAUGGGAUGUGUCCUAAAUAUGAGAACAUCUUGGAUCAAGACCUUCAGCAUAUUGUCCAUGAGCAUGUGAAUAUCCAAGUGAAAUCUUAUGAAUGUCAUGAGCUUGGCAAAAUCAUUCAUGAAUCCACCCAAAGUACACCUUAUAAAACUAACCUCAGGGCUACAUCUGUUGAAUCAUCAAACCUAAGCAGACAUGAAACUGAAAACAACAGAGAACCUUACAAAUCUAAAAACCCUAUUAACUGUUUAAAUUUGUUCUCUACCAUUAGUUUAACUCAGGGAAUCCACAGAAGAAAAAAAGAAUACUAUGGUACAGAGCUUGUUAAGGUUUUUGACUCUAAGCAAAAACUCAUGCUGAAGCAAACCAAUAAUAGAGAGAAACCUUACAAAUGUAGUGAAUGUGACAAAUGUUUCACCAAGAAAUGCUGGUUUAGACAACAUCAGACAAUUCAUACAGGAGAGAAACCUUACAAAUGUGGUGAAUGUGACAAAUGCUUUACCCAAAAAGACAGACUUAUUAUUCAUCAGAGAGUUCAUACAGGAGAGAAACCUUACAAAUGUAGUGAAUGUGGCAAAUGCUUUACCAGCAAAAGCCGUCUUAAUGUUCAUCAGAGAGUUCAUACAGGAGAGAAAUCGUACAAAUGUAUUGAAUGUGACAAAUCUUUUACUCAGCAAGGCAAUCUUAGAAUUCAUCUGCGAAUUCAUACAGGAGAAAAACCUUACAAAUGUAGUGAAUGUGACAAAUGCUUUAGCUACAAAAGUGGCCUUAGAAGUCAUCAGAUUAUCCACACAGGAGAGAAAGCUUACAAAUGUAGUGAAUGUGACAAAUGCUUUACCAACAAAAGCAGGCUUAAUGUUCAUCAGAGAGGUCAUACAUGAGAGAAGUCUUACAAAUGUAGUGAAUGUGAUAAAUGCUUUUCCCACAAAGGCGAUCUUAGAAAACAUCAAAGAAUUCAUACAGGUGAGAAACCUUACAAAUGCAGCGAAUGUGGCACAACCUUUACCCAAAAAGGAAGUCUUCUUAUUCAUCAACGAAUUCAUACAGGAGAGAAACCUUACAAUUACAGUGAAUAUGAUAAGUGCUUUACCUUGAAAAACAGUCUUAUAAUUCAUUAGAGAAUCCAUGCAGGAAAAAAAAAACCUUAAAAAUAUAGUGAAUGUGACAAAUUAUUUUGUCAGAAAAAAUCUUAGCCCUCAACAGAGAAUGUGAAGACAAUUUGUUGUGAAGACAAAUGAAGUGAAUGAGAAAAAUCUUCCCAGGGAAGAUCAUCUUAGAAUUUAUCAGAGAA